AUCAGUGACCGGGCACUGGGCGGUGGCCAGCCGCGGCGCCGCCCGCCGCCCGAGCGGCGCCUGCUCGACGCGCACGAGGACAAGCUGGUCACCCAGCCGCUGCAGGAGAAGCCCUGCCAGAUCCCGGCCAGCGCCAAGUCCACCUUCCUGAUGGCGUUUAGUGGUGACGGCAGCCGGAUCGCCUCCACGCACGGUGACCACAACAUAUACGUGACGGACAUGGAGAGCGGCGCGCUGCUCAACACGCUGCGCGGCCAUCCGCGCAGCCCCUGGUGUGUGGCGUUCCACCCCACCAACAGCCAGCUGAUCGCGUCCGGCUGCCUGGGCGGACAGGUUCGCGUCUGGGACCUGCACGGCGGCAGCGAGCGCUGGCAGGCGGACGCCACGCACGUGAUCGCCUCGCUCGCCUUCCACCCGGUGGACCACGUGCUGGUCAUCGCCACCGGCAAUCACCUGUACUUCUGGAACUGGCAGAGCACCGAGCCGUUCGUGCAGUGCAGCACGCUGCGCGCCAAGGAGCGACUCAGGUACGUCAAGUUCGACCCGCUCGGCCACAAGCUGAUCACGGCCAUCAGCAACGUGGCGGCGUCGGCGGAGGGGGCUGACCUGAUGGCCGACCUGGAGGCCGACUCGCGCGAGAUGCUCAGCUGGGCGCACGGCGUCAUGGACUCGCUGAGCGACAUCAUCGCGGACAUGGGUCCGGACGGCGAGCCGGGCGCCGGCCGGCCCGAGCACGUGAGUGGCCAGGGACGCGGCCGGGCGCUCGGCCGGCCGCGUGGUGACAGGGCUCGGGGGUGGAUGCAGGGCACUGACAUGACGGGCUCUGGCGAUGCCCUGGAGGCCGCUGGGUGA